GGAAAAUGAAACCUAUUUUCUGUGGAAAUGUUGAAUAUGAUGCACGGGAGUCUGAGCUGGAACGUCUUUUUAGACGAUACGGGAAGGUUGAUAGGGUGGAUUUGAAGUCUGGAUUAUCUUUGCAUAUCCAUUUACUCCCAAGCUAAUGGAUGGGAUUUUCAGAAAUCCGUUUCCUGCCCGCGAUGCACAUCUUCAAAUCAUUCAAUUUGAUCCACAAUGGCACAAUUCCACGUAUUCCUCAGUCACAAUUGCCUUUCAAUUUUCGUGCCUUUUGCCAGCCUUCACUUUUGGACAUGUUUCAAGGUUGAAAUAUUGCCAACCUCACAGCAGUGGCAGCAGAAUGAAUGGAGAAGGCACUCACUUUCCGUUGACCCACCAUGAGACCUACACUUUUGGAUUCUUGUUCUUGACACAAAUUUGUUUAUUACGCAAGGAUUUGCUUUUAUCUAUAUGGAAGAUGAGAGAGAUGCUGAGGCUGCAAUUCGUGCCCUUGAUCGGAUAGAAUUUGGCCGAAAAGGGCGCAGGCUUCGCGUAGAAUGGACAAAGCAAGAGCGUGGCAUCCGAAGGCCUGCUGAACGUCCAAGAAGAUCUUCAGCUAAUGCAAGACCAUCAAAAACAUUAUUUGUCAUUAAUUUUGAUACAUACCAUACCAGAACAAGGGACUUGGAGAGGCACUUUGAGCCAUAUGGUAAGAUAGUUAAUGUGAGGAUCAGAAGAAAUUUUGCAUUUGUUCAGUAUGAAUCAGAAGAUGAUGCUUGCAAAGCACUGGAAGCUACAAAUAUGAGCAAGUUGUUGGAUCGAGUUAUUUCCGUUGAAUUUGCCGCUAAAGAUGAUGAUAUUAGGCGAAAUGGACAUAGCCCUGAGAGAGGCCGUGAUCGUCAACGUGACAGAAGCCGUGAUGGAAGGCGAUCACCCAGUCCUUAUCGUAGAGAAAGGGGCAGUCCUGAUUAUGGUCGUGGCCCCAGUCCAUAUAAGAGGGAGAGGAGCAGCCCUGACUAUGGGCGUGGCGUAAGCCGUAGUAGAAGCCCCCAUCGGAGAGAGCGAGGUAGCCCUGCUUAUGGGCGUAGAAGCAUUAGUCCUUAUAGAAGAGAUAGGGAUGGUUCUGAGCCUGUUCGUGACACCAGCCGCAGUCCUUAUCAGAAAGAGCGGGAGAGAACUGACAGGUCUCUCUCCCAUAGUCCCGAAGAAGGAGAGAGGAUAGACCUUAAAAAAGGUCAUAGAUCUGGUGAUAGCCCUUAUGAUACUGUGAAGGAUAGCCCUGAAAAUGGCCAUGUCCCUAGACAUAGUCCUGAUGCAAAAGGGAACCCCAGCCCAUACAAUGAGUAUAGAGGGAGCCCUAGUCCUGAUGCAAAAGGGAACCCCACUUCAUACAAUGAUCAUGGAGGGAGCCCUAAUACUAUGCCUGAACCCAGGGACAGUCCCAAUUAUGGUGGUCCUGAAAGUCCCAUGCAUGAACAAUACCGCAGCCAGAGCCAGUCACCCCCUGCAGAAGAAUGAUUUCAGUCCUUAAUGAAAAAAACCUGAAGGGCCAACAGAUUGUAUAACUAGGUCGUUACUGGACUAAAUUUAGUUUUCAGCAAAUAGCUGUAGUGUAGUUGCAUAAAGCUUUGAAACUUUUGGUGGUUUUGACAAUUUUUGUGUCCUUUAUUCAUUUAGAUAAGAUUCAUACUUCAAUGUCAGUCUAAUGUUGUAGAAUCUUUGUUUAAAAGUCAAAUAGUGGUGCUAAAUAUUUGAUCAAUAUUAUCGAACUUAUGUGGCCUUAUUAAAGUUUUUGUGUCGUCAAA